CAUUGUUGGCCUCGUAGCAUUGCUCAAUCACGGUCAGCGUCUGUCCACAACCACCAUAACCACCAUAACCACUACAACAAUGUCUCCCACUCCCAUAACCCGCGAAACCUUCAUCGACCCAUCCCAUGUUCAAACAGUGCUCACCCAAAAAACGAUGUACGUCCUCAAAGACGAGGGGGGCGUCAAAGAGGUGCCUAUACCCGAGAGCUUUAGGAAGGUUGGCAUUCCCGAGGGGUACAGUGUCGAUUUCGUAUUGGACCCAGUGACGCUGGUCAAAACGUUCGCGAAGCAGGGUAUCACCACCGAAGAUCAAAUAAAAAAGGAACUCCUCAAAGACCUCAAAGCCACCAUCAACGCAUCCGAUAACCUCAAGAUCGUACCUACAUCCGUAUACGAAGAUAAACGCGCCCUAUACGAAAACAACUUUGACAACUCUGACGACGACGAAGGGGACGACGAAGAAGAAGAACCAACCGGACCCCCAAUCACACGCGAAACAUUCAUCUCACCCACCCACAUCGCCACGGCCCUCAAGCAAAAAACGAUGUAUGAGCUCGCAGAGGACGGGGAGGGCGUCAAGGAAGUACCUAUUCCGAAGAGUGUUAAGAAGGGGGGUGUUAUUCCGGAGGGAUAUAGUGUCGAUUUCAUCGUGGAUCCGUUGACGAUCGUCAAGUCACUUGCGAAGCAGGGGUUGGUUACUGAGGGUCAAUUAUCAGAAGAACUCCUAAAAGACCUCAAAGAACCCAUCAACGCAUCGGAUAAUUUGAAGAUCGUACCGACGAGCGUGUAUGAAGCCAAACUUGCUGCGCUGGAAGAGUCGCUUGAGAAUGAUGAGGAUGAUGAUGAUGAGGAGGUGGGGGAGGAAAAUUAUUUGUGUUAUGUACGAGUUCUGAUCUGGAGAAGUCCAGCGCCUUUCGUGGCCGGGAAAAGCGGAAAGGCUCGGUGCGGUGUAGUUGGCCGGGCGCAUUUUUUCUACCCGAAAUAUCAGACAAAGACAAGGGAACAGCUGGGUCAGCGUGGUUGGACAAUCUCGAUUUGGACACACCCGAUCACCCACUUGAACGACGCAUGUAGCGGAAACAGCGCAAGAUGGCGCCUUCAAUUCUACAUCGACCCGACUCGAGUAGUCAACCUUGGCUUAACAGCUACAGCCCUGGGGUGUUCGCCUGACAAAAAUGAACCCUGCAGUAAUAACAACAAAGCCAAUAACUUGAACCAGAGGAAGAACCUCCUCAAGCUGCUCGCCAUCAACUCAUCCGAAAACCUCAAGGCUCAAGAUCGCACUACGUCCCUAUCCGAGUCGCUCGAAUGGCUCUCGAGCAUCCAAUUCUCGCUCGACGUGUAUGCAUAG